CCCAGCAUCCUCUUCCAGGGCGACCCCAGUCUGAAAGUCGUGUUUGUCCUAACUGGGGGAAAACGAGCACAUUCUUGUCGAAGUAUGGAUAAGUUCACAGUUUGUACGUUGGUUAUAGCGCUCGGUGCAUUUGUGCAGUUUGAGGUUGUUUUUACUCAGAAUUCCCGAAACAAUUUGACAGAGAUUCUCCCGAAAGCGGGCCGAUGCCCGCGUCUUCUGCAAGUGGUGCCAUCACGCAAGGGCUGCGCGCGUGAUCAAGACUGCCCUGAGAACCACAAGUGUUGCGUCUUUGACUGUGGAGCCUCCUGCGUCCCUCCUUCUUUCAAUAAGCCAGGAGUGUGUCCGCGUCGAAAGUGGGGCUUUGGGCAGUGUGCCGAGUUUUGCUCUGACGACAGUGACUGUCCCAAUGAGGAGAAAUGCUGCUCCAACGGAUGCGGACACGAGUGCACGGUACCUUACAAAGUGAAGCCGGGCCGUUGCGCUCUGCCCCAAGGAACUCCCAUGUGUGCAGAGUACUGCUACCAUGAUGGUCAAUGUCCAGAGGAGCAGAAAUGCUGCAGGACAACCUGCGGUCAUGCAUGCAGUAAGCCCUGCUGAGUUGACGACAAUCAACUUCAUGACAAAAAUACAGAAGGAGAAAGGAGAGUGUUUUUUUUUUUAAAUAAACAUUUUCCUUCAACGGUGGUUACGGGGUGUACAUCGGAAGUAUUCAGAUCAUACAAAUUUUUAGCUCAAAUCAUUUCCUGUCUUGCUAUUUAAAAUAAAUAAAUAAA